AUCAAUCUGAUUCUUUGACAGGCUAGGCUUGGACAUUCAAGCCCGUUAUAGACUCGGCCCAGUUAGACAACUUCACCCUACAGAGAGAGACGGACGCAGUGCUCUCCUGCUCACAACAGCCGCCGCCGCCGCCGCCGCAAACACCCAGCUCUCCACGCCGGAGAGCGGCCAGCCCCGAUGGACUCGCCGCAGAUCCCCGACGAUCUUUUCCCGGAGAUCUUCCUCCGCGUCCCCGACCCAGCCGACCUCGUCCGAAUCUCGGCCGCCUGCGUCUCCUUCCGCUGCCUCGUCGCCAGCCGCUCCUUCCUCCGCCGCUACCGCAAGCGCCACGCCCCGCCCCUCGUCGGCUUCUUCGAUUUUCAGCGAGUCUUCCACCCCGCCGAACCUCCUUACCCCUCCGCUUCGGCCGCCAAAGCCGUCGCCCUCGCCGCCGACUUCUCUUUCCCCUUCCUCCCCGCCCCAGCCAGCGACUGGCACAUUUUUGAGAUCCGUGACGGUCGUGUCCUCCUCGGCCGGGACCCCGAUGACUUCGAGGAGCUGGUGGUGUGCGAUCCCUUGCACCGGCGCCACCUCCUGCUUCCCCGAAUCCCUGGACUCGACGAGUGGCUUCCUUCGGCCACGACCGGCGGGAUAGGAUGGCAGAUCUUCCUCCUGGGCGGCGGCGACGACGACGACGAGGCUGCGGAAGAGACGUCUUUCAGAGUGAUAUGGAGGGCAGAGCGCGAAGAUGAUGAUAAUCAGGUCGCCUUCGUCUUCUCUUCCAGCACCGGACAAUGGCGAGCUGCUCCGCCGGGGUCAGGGUUGGCUUCCUUCUCCUGGCGCCAAUAUGUGCAUGGCUGCUUGUACGGGAUGACAGAUUGCAGGGAGAAGCUGCGUGUGCUCGACACCCGGACGAUGGAGGUCUCACUCCUCGACCUCCCGCUGGAAGCCAAAGGUUAUGCUUAUGUGUAUGUAGACGUUGUGGAGGCAGGGGAGGGCAUCACUGGGUUGUUUGUGCGGCCAAGGGGGACACCUGACAUCAGAUACUUCACUAGGCGAAACAAUGGUGGGAGUUCCAGCCAGUGGCAGUUGGAGAAGAUAAUCUCACUGGAUCCUUCUCAGUGGCAGUCGGCGGGUUCACCAAGGCCAAACUGGUUCCUGCGUCACUCCGGAAGCCCAUCGCUUGAUGCUGGCCUUUUCUCACUGGAUGUCAAGACAUUCCAGCUUGAGAGGGUGCUUGGAUCAGAGCUUAGCAUGCUUUGCCUGUGGCCAUAUACCAACUUUCCACCAUUUCUGUCGACACCAGCAGUAUCAAGUGGUACUCAGGAAGGUGAUGAGAAGGAGAUGCUGGAACAAGGUGCGGAGAUGCUGCAAGCUGAAGAGCCCAUGGGUAGCCCUCACGACGAGAGCACUGCUGAUGACGUGGAUGCUCAAGGUCAGGCCGGUGUAUCAAGGACUGGAGAUGUGGCUGAUUGAGAUACUCAGGAAGGUGAUGAGAAGGAGAUGCCGGAACAAGGUGCUGAGAUGCUGCAAGAUGACAAGCCCACAGGUAACCCUCACGACGAGAGCACUGGCUGAUGACUCGAAUGCUGGAGGUCAGGCCGGUGUAUCGAGGACUCAAGAUUGCGCUGAUUGAGGUUGUUGCUGCGACUGGACAGUUGACCACAGGUUGAUCAUCAAUACGGUACUGGUAACUUGUGGCUCUGUCUGUCUGUAAUAUGGUUAUCUAACAUCAACAUGGAGUUUAUCUUGUGUGCCUUGAUCUGGUAAUGAUCGGUCCGUCCGUCAGAUGAGGUAGCAAGAGUAUUAGCUUCAUUUGUUUUUUACUAGUUUAAUUAUGACUAUGUGGUAAGUCAGAGUGAUUGUGAUCUUGCUGUAUGCC